AAGAGCAGAAUUUGUGUAAAAUGAGUACAUUGAAAGAAUUAUUACGACGCCUGGAACAGAGGGUUACUACACUAGAAUCAAAGAAUGCUACUCUUAGGAUGAACCUUAGGGGACCUCCCCAUCGUCUCCCUCAGCACCCGAUAUAAAAAACGUGAAUUAUACCACAGAACCAUCAACUACCUCAUUAUCUAAACGUUUGACGCCGCAAAGAAUUGGACAUCAUAUUCCACAUCGAUUUGAUGUUGGUCUACCAAUGCGAGCUGGGAAAUGCUUCACAUGUUUGGAUUCCAUUCAUUUUGGAAAACGCGCAGCUAUUUGCAACGAAUGUCAAGUAAUGACGCAUUUAAAGUGCAUGGUUACCGCACCUGCCACUUGCGGUUUACCCGGAGGUUUUGCUAAGCAGUUUGGUAAAAGCUGGGCAAAUAGUGACGAAAAUUUAUCGUCAUUGACUGGAAGCGUUCAAACGUUAGCUAUAGAUCAACCGGAUAAACCCGACACGGAUGUAUGUGAUGUAGAAAGUAAAAACAAUAGCAUGCCGAUGGAAAGUUGGGUGAAACUCCCAGACCGCUCGAAUACUUGUUAGGAAAGAAAGUACCUUAGGCUGGAAGGACCGUGUUUAUGUACUUACGAUCACC